AUGAGCAGCUCUGGGAUUCUCAGAAUCUGACACAGCAGCCUUAUAAAACCAGGAGGCUCCACAUUUAUCUCCCACUGUCUGUCUCGCCGUCCUGUUUUCCCGGCCAACCGUGUCACAAGAAACAAACGAACAAGCAGGCAGUCCCUUCCUCCGUCGAUUACACUUGAGGUUUGACUUCUGUGAGGCAGAGAUCAGGUUCUCCGACAUCAAUGUCAGACUUACUUCGAAAUAUAUUUUAAGGGUCAAAGCCUCUCCUCAGAAGGGAUUUUUACAGCGCGGAAGUCGAGUCUAGUCUGGGAGAUCCUGUACGGAUUAUAUAAGUUGAAGAUACUAUUGGGGUGGGGGAGAGAGAAUGAUUCUUUUUUCUUUCUUACGGGGGGUAGAAUGAUUUUCCGGGAAUCAAGAUGGAAAAGGAAAAGUGGUUGCGCAGUGGUGAGUGAUAAAUUAUGUAAAGAGCGGUGGAAGAGGUAGCGAGUAAUAUGUGUGCGAAAUUAAAUGCGAUAGCUAACAAUAUUAAUUAGGGGGCCGUUGUUGCACAUCUCUCUGUUCUAUCAGAUAGUAUUAAUUGCAGAGAGGUGCCUCUCCCCUCCCCUCCCUUCUGUUCUCCUCUCCUCCUCUCCCAGGUGUGAGUUGACCAUUCAUCAGGCUUUCCUAGAUAAAAAUAAAUAAAUAUAAGCUUCUUUAUAACUAAAAUCUCUCCCUCUCGAAGCUGGCUACAUGCGUGCAUACUCUUCUUCUCCUUCCUCUCGCCGGCUUGGGCUUUGAUUGAUUUCCAGUUCAAUUAAAAGGAUGGGAUGUCUUUCUCUCGGCUUCUCAUCCACCUCAGGGUCGCUUAGUUGAUUAAACUUACCAGAGCUAUUGUAAGCUUGAAGUCUCACACACAGUUGCUUCAGGAAUUUAUUCCAUCUUUCCCUUCCCUAUAGGCAUGAAACUUGAUAGUGAGCCAGUGCUUUCCCAGUCAACUCUUGGCCAUAAGACUGAUUCAAAACCUUUUGAAUACAAUAACAAUGUCCUGGCUUCUGCUAUGAAGUCUCAAAAUCUGAUCAUAACAGAAAAUCAGGAGAGGCUUUCAAAGGGCACUGAGAGAGAUGCAGUGCGAUUACCAUAUGCCAUAAAUGGCAGAGAUGGUUGGACAGCCAUAAAAUUUGAUUGUUCCAUGAGCAUGGAUGAUUUGAAAAAUGAAAGUGAAGAUGAGGUCAGAGAUUUUGUUGCAUCACAUACCCAUUCUUCCAGAAAAACAGGAUUUUUUGACAAGGAUUCGGAUAUUGUUAUGGACAAAGGUGUUAUGGAAUGUGAAUUGCCAGAGUUGACAGUUUGCUACAAAGAGAAUGGUUACCAUGUUGUCAAAGACAUCUGCAUUGACGAGGGAGUGCCUUCCCAGGAGAAGAUCCUGUUUGGGAGUGGCAGAGAUACGAAAACUGUGCUCAUUGUUCAUCCUCCUGAGAAGGAUCAAAGCAAAGGAUUGUUGAAAGAAAAACAAGGCACUGAGAUUUACAGUCCAGAUGAAUUAAUGUUUUCGUCAGAAAAUGAUUCGAAGAAGAAUUCAGCUAAUCAAUUCGAUUCCAAGGAUUUGAUACAGACAGAGGAAGAUGCCACUGAGAGUGUUCUGAUUGAUGCCACUGAAGAAAGGCUUUUACCUGGAAAUAAGCUUCCAAUGCUGGAGAGGGACAAGUGUGCUUCCCACUUAAAUUGUUUGAACAUUGACAGCAAAGACGUGGAACAACAUCCCUUUCAGGUCUCUGGUGAAAAUGUAAUCUUGGCUAGCCCUGCUUUGGUGUCUGGAGUGGAAGAAUCAAACAAUAGUGGCAGGAUUUCAAAGUUGGCAAGCUCAACUUCGGUUUAUGGAGCGAAAGAAUCUAACAAUAGUGCUGUGGAUUCUAUGUUGGCAGGCCCUGCUCUGGUUUCUUCAGCCGAAGAAACAAACCACAGUACUGGGGCUCAAAUCUUGGCAACUCCUAAUCUGGUUUCUGCAGCUGAAGAAUCAAACAAUAGCAGUCCUGUCAAUGAGUUUUUUUACAAUAGCAAGCAGGAAAGAGGAAGCAUCACUUUCGAUUUGGACUCUUUAGCACCUGCAGCUAGUGCCAGACAGGAGGAGGGUCCUGAAACUCAAAAUACGUCCAAGUUUGAAAAUUUUAUUUCUGAUGCUCAUACAGAUUCGAGGCAACUUCAUCAUUUUCAGGGAGAGACAAGUUUUUCUGCGGCAGGUCAGGGAGAGGAAAAUUUUCCCGUGGUGGGUACCUUGUCAAGUCUUAUAAAUUACUCUGGUCCAACAGCUUACUCUGGCAGUGUCUCUCUUCGCUCAGAUAGCAGCGCCACCAGCACGCGUUCCUUUGCCUUUCCCGUAUUACAGUCUGAAUGGAAUAGCAGUCCAGUGAGAAUGGCCAAAGCUGACCGGAGACAUUUGGUUAAGCAUAAAUGUUGGAGGAAGGGCUUUCUUUGCUGUAGAUUCUGAAUGAAUGCUUCUUUUCCAUCCAUAGGUUUAGAAUCUGAUUUUAUAUGUGCAGCCUUGGUGUCUAUUUGUGCAGUAGGGAUUAAGUAUCAUGCAUGAAAGUUGAGAUGUAAUUAGCAAUUUCUUAUAAUUUUCUGAUUAUCUGCAUCUUUAUUUUCCCUCAACAAUUAGUCAAUAUAAAUUAUUUUUUGGUUUUUGUUUC